AUGCUCGGUCCGGUUCUGAUCUGCGAGAGCCGGAUCUGCGAGCUCCUUUUUCGUCAGAUCAUGAACAGCAAGGUCCCGAUCCGUGAAGCGAGCUCCUUUUCUGAUGGAGACGCGCCUCAGGGCCCCACCACCGCCACUGGAGGUCCUCAGGUUGCCUUGAACAAGAUCUUUCACCACAUUGCCAACAACACCGUGCCCGAGUCGAUUCGACAUGCCCUUUGCUCCAUCAACUACACUAUCCUGGAGAAGGCCAAUGGCAAGUUUCGACCCGUGGGCACGGAUUCCAUCUUCAACAAGGUUGUCAACCGCGCUCUGCUCGAGCAACAGCAGCCCCAUAUUGCCCACUUGCUACAGGCCAGUCCAGAGCUGGCUGUCGGAGUCAAGGACGGCAUUUCAGCAGCGGUUGGCAUGGCCUUUGGUGAGCUUCAAGCCUGUGAGUCUACCCCGGGCUGGACCAUGCUCUCCCUCGAUUUCAAGAGUGCCUUCAACUACACCGACCGAGCACGGCUGCACGAGAUUGUGGCCGACAAGGUCCCUGGCCUCUUGCGCGCCUUUGAACGACACUAUGCUCGACCCACUACCCACUGCAUUGUCGACAAGUUCUUCAAGGUGAUUGACAUUGAUGUUGGCCAAGGCAUUGUGCAGGGCAACGAGCUAUCGCCCUUCUUCUUUGCCCUGUACUCCUGUGGGGUCCUGGGUCUCCGCGACGCCACCACUGACUAUCGCUGCAAGGUCAUCAAGUACCUCGACGACAUUGUACUGAUGGGUCCCGCGGAGGACGUGGCGGCCGACGUCGAGAUUAUCAAGGCUCCGGGCGAACACAGUGAGAGUGAGCAAGAUGUUCUUCUCAGCGAUCCCGCUCCGCCCAUCGCUGCCAACGUGCUGGAUGCCCAGCGCAAGGUCCUGCUGAAGACAUCUGGCCACAGGCAACUCCUCGCCUGCCCAUUUGGGCUUUGCAAAUGCAAGGGGCCCCGCCUUGACCGCAAAGCCUGGGUCAAUCAUGUACUACGCGAGCACCCCUACGACGAGCAAGCCACUGAUCUGGUCAAGCAGGUGAUGGAGGCCAAAUUGGUCGCCCAGUGCAACAAGUGUCACCUCUUCUUCGAAGCUGCUGGUAUCAGUCAACACCGCUCCCGAUGUGGUGCCAAUCUGAAGCGAGCGACCGAGGCGUUGUUUCAUGCGGCUGGACACGACCUGCUUGAGAUUAUGCGUGGCGCUUGGCCCCAACAGUGUGUAGGGUCUCGCAUCAGUGUCUGCGAGCUGCUCAAGCUCGCCCGGCAUCCACUGAUGCAGCGCAGCCGCUACCCAUCCAACGCCACCGAGACCAAGCUGAUGGCUGCCACCCUGAGCCAGCUGUAUUG